UGCUGUUAUGACAGUUGUAACCAGUCCGUUGUACCAGCAGUUAGGAUUAUUCUUCUUUUCCCAUCUCUCCGGUCCAGCCUCGCUCGGGUCGGCUGGCGAUCUUCUCUCCUUCGGUUCCAAUUCGGCGCGACGCAAACCCGCCCACGCCGUAAACCCAGAAGAGCCUUCCGCCCGUGCUCGACCGUCGUCGCCCACGUUCGCCAGUGCUCGCGAUUUCCGCAACCCGCUUUUCUUCCUCCUCUUUUUUCGCGGACAGAAACGCCGGCAUCUCGAGUUUCCCCAUCUCGACGUUCGCGGUGUGGCCAUGUUCAAUGAUUCAGAUACCAUUGAUGAUUUUCUUUCUCCCACAGAGACUACCACAGGGCGACAGUUGGGCAAGUUUCGUCCUAAAGCUCGUGCUAAAACUGUCAAGGUUGUCUCUGCUUCUACCAAAACUUCAGAUGUUGCCCGAGAUGUAUCUGCUUCUUUGGAGCCAGUGGCUCUUGAUUCUCAUUCUGAGCUUGAGACAGAGCAAGCCCAUCUCCAACCUUGCACUUCUAGUGGUUCUAUAGAAAAUUUGUGCCAGGAUGAAAGUACAAGCUUAAGUUUGAACACAUCCAAUGAUGAUCCCCUGAAGCUUACAGAGGUUAUGUUCAAUGAUUUGGAUUCUGUUGAUGAUUUUCUUUGUCCAAUGGAGACUACCAAAGAACAACAAUUGGGCAAUUUUCGUCCUAAAGUUCGUGCUAAAACUGCUAAAGUUGUUUCUGCUUCUACCAAAACUUCUGAUGAUGCCCAACAUGUGUCGGCUCCUUUAGAGUCUAUUGCUCAUGAUGCUCAUUCUGAGCUUCAGACUGAUACAACCUGUUUCCAGUCUUGCAUGUCCAGUUGCUCAACAGUUUCGUGUCAGCACAAAUCGAUGCCAGAAUCAGUACAGCAACCAGAGGACAUGCAGACAGAGCUUGUAGCAUCCCAAGGUAAACAUGCAGAUAAUGUUCAGCUGAAUGAGGGAAAUUUCUGCCAGGAUGAAAACACAAGCAUAACUUUGAACACUUCAGAUGAUGUUCCUUUAAAGAUAGUAGGUAUUGAGGAAAUUACUGACAACAUAGACCACGGAACUAUUGUAUCUGAGCAAAGUAUUAUGUCAGAUGUUAUGCUAAGACCUCUUGAAGUUUUGAUGCCUGAUGAUGAUCUACAUCCUUCUUCAAGUGAUCUGCAAGAGGAGAUAGAAGCACUUUGUGGCCUUGAAUCACUUGACAAUUUGUCUGUUCAUCAUGGUAGCAAAAUGGAAGUUGGAAAAGUAAGCAAAUUCAAACCCAAAGUGACCAAGCUACCUUCGAAAAAGGCAACAAUAAAAUCUGUUUCUUUUAUCCUUCCUGAUGCUUCCUGUUCUGCUAUUCCUGUGGAAUCAAUUUCUGCUAUGGACACUUCCUCCAUACAAGCGACAAUCCAUGACCCUACAGAUAACUCUUUGCACACUUCAGAUACAGCGUCAGACUGGAAUGGAGAACAUCAAGUAGAUUAUGCAAGGAUAGGAGAAGAGAAUAAUGGAGAAAAUGAGCUUCCAAGAGUUCCCAAGGGUAUUGAUGUGAUGUCUGAAUUUCAAUUUAUUGAGGAACCUAACCCCCAGAACCUGGAGAGAACUACUUCAGAAAAUGACACUAAUGCUGGUGCUACGAUAUCUACUAGAAAACUGCGAAAGAGGACAGUUAAAAGCAGGGCUGGCAACCUUGAAGGAACAAUUGAUGGUGAUUGUGGUGCUGAAAUCGAUGAAAGUCAAAGCAACGAUGGACAAGAGGAUGAAAAUAUGCCAAAGCCAAAGAGUGCUAGCAGAAAAAGGAAAGGACAGACAACUGAAGGCCCAAAACCAGCUAAGAGGGGCAAGAAAGUCUCUUCAAUAACUGAUUCUUCUGUUGUGGAAUCAUCUAAAAAGAAGUUUCCUCAAUGUACAAGGCGAAAGAGAAGACAAGUGAACAAGAUUUUGCUUCAAACACCUGAAGAGGAGAUUGACCGAAGACAAAUUUGCAUAAAGGACCUAAUAAUGCUCACAGAAGCUAAGGAGCGUAUAUCCACAAAGGAACCGACUGCAACGGGUAAUUUAUUUUCGAAUCAGAGUUCCUUGGAUGACAAUGGUCUUUUUGGUGAUGAUGAAGAAAUGAGUCGUUCUGGUGGAGUCACAAAUUAUCCCAAUGAGCCAACUACAAAGAAAUUGAACUAUCAUUCAUACUCAAAUCGGCUUCCAACUGUCAGAUGGUCAAAAUCAGAAACACAGUUGCUUUAUGAGGAAGAUGGCACAAGAGGUCAUCAGACAAUGCUGGCUAUUCGACAAUUUGGAUCGGAUUUUGAAAUGAUACAACAGUUGUUCCCUAAUCGCACACGACAUCAAAUAAAGCUAAAAUUUAAAAUUGUAGAGAGGAAACAUCCUUUGCAAGUUCGUGAUGCUUUAUUUCAUCGUUCUGAAGAUUUUUCACACGUUAUGCAAGUAAUUAAGAUGGUCCAAGAAAAGGCCGAGACAUCUGCAAAAGAAGAGACAAAUGAUGAUCAGGAAAAUGCAUCACAAUGUAACGUUGAUACAAAUGAGAAAGAACUAGAAGGCAUUGCUGAUGAAGGAGAUGAUUAUGGAGGUAAAGAUGAAGAUGCUGGCUAUCCAGAUUUUGAUGAGCAUGAGUGGGAUAGCUGUACUUACCGUUGUGAGAAGGAAGAAGAUUCAAUACGGGAUUUCUGAAUUAUUUUUCUGAACAUCGUGAUCACUUUUCUAUCAAGAAUGAUUGAAUUUGAAUCCAUCUCUGACCUUCGGUUGACAAUCUCUUUCAUACAAACACUACUAACAUUUUUAGCUGAUCAAUUUUUGCUGCUCAUUCACAACUGGCCUUGUGUUCCGGUUGUCAGUCUCCCCCCCAUGUCUACAAUUCAAUCCAUACAAAUUGUGUGCAUUGCUCCACAGAGCAAGAAUUCAUAUAUUCUUUGUAGUCACGAUCUUGAAACACUUGAGAUUUCAACAUGUAUUUUGCCAUCA